CCCCUCCUCUAUCCCUCCAUAUCUGUUAGCCCACCAACUGCUGUAGUUGAAUCCACAUCGAACCCUUUGCCGUGUCACCCCCACCACCACACCCACAACCCGCCUGCCACCACCUUACAACUCGACUUUCGCACCUACGCCGCACCAUGGCCACCAACGGUACCAACGGGACGAACGGCACCAAGUCCGACAACCGCUUCCUCAUCUGGGGAGGCGAGGGCUGGGUGGCCGGCCACCUCAAGCAGAUACUCGAGGGCCAGGGCAAGCACGUCGUCAGCACCACCGUCCGCAUGCAGGACCGCGAGAAGGUCCUUGAGGUUCUGGAGCGCGAGAAACCCACCCAUGUCUUGAACGCUGCCGGCUGUACUGGUCGCCCCAACGUCGACUGGUGCGAAGACCACAAGGAAGACACCAUGCGGUCCAACGUCAUCGGCACCCUCAACCUGACCGACUGCUGCUUCCUCAAGGGCAUCCACUGUACCGUUUUCGCCACCGGGUGCAUCUACCAGUAUGACGAUAAGCACCCGUGGGACGGCCCCGGCUACCUCGAGACCGACCCGGCCAACUUCAAGGGCAGUUUCUACUCCGAGACCAAGGGCCAUGUCGAGGAGGUCAUGAAAUACUACAACAACUGUCUGAUCCUCCGGUUGCGUAUGCCCGUCUCGGACGACCUCCACUCUCGCAACUUUGUCACAAAGAUCGCAAAGUACGACCGUGUUGUGGACAUCCCCAACAGCAACACUAUCCUGCAUGACCUGCUGCCCGCCUCCAUUCUGAUGGCUGAGCACAGCGAGACGGGUGUCUACAACUUCACCAACCCGGGUGCCAUCUCCCACAACGAGGUGCUGACCCUGUUCCGUGACAUCGUCAGGCCGGGCUACACCUGGAAAAACUUUUCGCUGGAGGAGCAGGCCAAGGUGAUCAAGGCCGGCCGAAGCAACUGUAAGCUGGACACCACCAAGCUGAUCGCCAAGCUGAAGGAGUAUGGCUACGACGUGCCCGAGAUCCACGAGGCAUACAGGCAGUGCUUCGAGAGGAUGAAGGCGGCGGGUGUUCAGUAAAGAAGAAGGCGGAGGAAAAGAAUGGCAAGUAGAGAGGGAAGGGAUGGGACGCGUUUAGGGGCAAGGUGCAGGGAAGCUCCAAAGCCUGUGGGCGCCUAUAUUGUACUUGGGUAGAGCUCUUUCUCAAGCUUGUAUGGUCUUCUGGCCAGCUGAACGUGUCUUGGGCUGUUGGAGUUUUCUCUUUUUCUUUUUCAAAACGGCAAUGGCGCAACUGGGAUUCUCAGACAUGGUCCCCGUCGUCUUCUGGUUUCGAGGAGUGAUAACCCCUCGGAAGUAAGCAAAGCCUGCACGCUGCAGCUCACAGCUUUCCGCGCUUAGCUCAGGGCCGAGAUACAUUGAUCUCUCUGGCGGUCUCCCAAUGCUUGGCGCGAAUCCAUAAUGCUAUGUUGAUGUAGAGACGGCGGAUCAUUGGCUUGGAGGGGAGGGGGCCAGGGAAGACAUUCGAUAUGGGUGAGAGUCGACUACCGGGCAGAAUUUCAUGUCUCGAUAG